AUGGCUUAGUUUUUUAAUUAGAAGUAAAAGGAAAAUGAAGAGGAAGCCUAGUAUGAGAAAUGGUUAAUUUGUGUAGAUCCUAAAUCGAAGAUGUUUUAUACUGUUAACUCUGUCACAAAUGAGUUACACAUAGAAACAGAUGCUGAUGAUAUAAUGAAAGAUGCUGCUAAAAAAGCCAUUAAUGAUUUGAGGUAGAUUAUUGAUUACGAUAAGAGCAGUUGGCUUUUUGAGUCUGAACAAGCAAAGCGUUUUUAGAGAAGAAAAAUUCCUAGUUAUCUUCUUCAUAAAGACUCAUCUGAAUAUCCAACUUACCUUUGUCAAUCUAAUCUAUCUCUGGCUUUUGCAAAUGUUAACUCUAUUAAAUUAGUUGUUCUACUCGGCAAUUAUGAAGAUAAGCUUUAAGAUUGGAAACAAGAACCACCUUAGAAUGAGAAAAAGCAAGAAGAAAAAAUGAUUAAAGAUGACAAGCCGAUUAAAUAUGAGAAAAGAAUUGAAAUAGAAGCAGGUUUGGUUACAGGGGCAGAUGAAGUAAUCAAAAAUAUCCUCAGAGAAAUAUUUAAAUAAGCUAAAGUUAAAUUAGAGCCAAAUAAUCCAGAUCAUUAGUUCAUACUUUAGAUUAAAGGAUUCAGAGAGUAUUUAACUGGAAAUUAUCCUAUGCUCAGUUAUGAUAGAGUGCGUAUAAAUCUUAGAGGGCAUGAGCAUUUAGAUGUUAGACUCACUGAAAUCCCAAUAAAAAGUAGAAAAGCUGAUUUGUUUCCUCCAACUAUAAUGAGAAAAAAAACUGAUGUGGCUAAUAGCAAAUAUUAGAAGGUUAAUUGGAAAAAAUUCCAUGGAGUUUCUAUUCUUUUGUGGUAUCCUUGGAUUGAGUUCCCUGAAGAAAAAGAUAUAGAUUAAAAAGCUUUGGAAGAAUAUAAUAGAAAAAUUAUAACUUUGAAAUUAGAUUUUACAGAUGAAUAAGAGUAGUAAAUUAGGAAUAAUGUUCCUCCUCUUCCUUUAAGUUAACUGAAUGGUAGCGGGGAUAAUGAAGAAGCAAGAAAAAGAGCUAAGAGUGAAUUCUAAGAAUAGCCAGAGCCUAUUAUUUAUGAAGAGAUUCCUCACCCUAUUAAUAUUUGCCUUCAAAAGUUUAUCUAAAAGGAAAAGAAAAAAUAGUACAAACUUGAUGGAACUUUAAACUUUAAAAAUGAAUACUUAGAUAGCAUUCCGAUGAAGGAUUUUGUUUCUGUAGAGGAAAAUUAUAAUAAAAUUAACUAAAAAAAACUUACUUCAGGUGAAUGUGAUUGUUUGUUUAGAAUUAGAAUAUGCAGCAUAGAAAAUGUAUUCAAAAUACUCAAGUCUGUUUCGCCAGAAUUAGAAGACAAAACUAAAGAAGCUGUCUACAAUGGAAUCAUGCAACCAUCUUAUAUUACUAAGUCUAAGCAAGAAGAUAUUAACAAGCAUUAGAAAAGCAGAAAGCAAGUCUAAAAAAAAGACAAAAAAAAAGAAAUUAAUCUGAAACUCUGCAAGAUUAGAAAAGAAAAACUUUUAAAAGAUGCACAGAUGGAUACAUCGAUUACAAAUCACGGUAUUGAUGGAGUUGCAUUUAUGGGUGGACUUGAAAAAAAGUUUGGAUUAAAUUGUACUCCUUAUCUUGUUUCAUUAAAAGUUAUGCUAUUUCACGGUUCUAAUUGCUUGAGAACAGUUGAGACAAAAAAACAACCUUUCUGCAAAUCAAUAAGAUUCAAUGAAUGGGUAACUUUUGAUAACUUAAAAAUAUCUUAAAUACCCUUAGAAGCUAGAAUUUGUAUGAACAUAAUUCUUCAUUCUGAUGAUUAAAACGAGCAUUAAAUUAUAGGAUCUACUUCUUUCUCACUCUUUGAUUAAGACGAUAAAUACAGACAAGGACUUAAUGCACUUAAUGUUUGGCCCUUCUAUAGAAUUCAAAAUCGUUUGUGUUGUAUGAGCUAGUACUGGGGUUUAACUGAUAAAUCCCUAAAACCAAAACAAGCAAACGAAAAGGAAAUGCAAGACUUUAUCAGUAAAAAUUUCACUAGAGUUUUUGUUUAAUUGGAGAAGUUUAAUGAACCUCUUUACUACUCUUUAAGAGACGACGAUCAUAUGAAGUAAUUAGGUUUCCCAAAACUUUCUAAAAGAUCAAAUGGAGGUAAAAACUGGAAUUCUACUCCUAAAACUGAUGAUUUGGCAAGACUGUAAUAAUUACUUAGUAUUGAUCCUUUAAGAAGACUUUCAGAAUAAAGUGAGGAAGAUAAGCAUGUGCUCAUGAUAUGUAGAAAUCAUUAUAAAACCUUAACACAUACUCUUUAGAUAUUUUUAUUUGCUAUUGACUGGCUUGAUCCUGAAUAGGUAAAAGAAGCAAUAUUAAUGCUUAAAUAAUGGACCUUACUAUCUCCUGAAGAUGCCUUGCCUCUUCUAGAUGCAAAUAUGGCGAAUGAAAGUGUUAGGCUUUAUGCUGUUGAAAGAGUUAGUACAUUUUCAGAUGAUGAAAUAGCUUUAUAUAUGCUUGAAUUAACUCAAUCAAUAUUGUAUGAAAGUAAACACUUCUCUCCUUUGGUUGAUAUGCUUUUAGAAAGAUCAUUAUAAAACCCCUUUGUUGUAGGUCAUGAAUUAUUUUGGCAAUUAAAGAGUUAGUUGCACAUUAAAGCUUUCUAUGAAAGAUAUUUCUUGAUUAUAGAGCAAAUGUUGAUGCUUUGUGGAUCUUUUAGAAACGAACUUGUAGUUUAAGUAGGAGUAAAUGAUCAAAUUAAAAAAAUUGGACAAGAAAUUUAAGAUGAAAGUUUGUUUAAAGAGCAUACACUUCUUGUACCAUUAACAAGAAAAAAGCUCUCUGAAAUUAAAUUACCAGAAGAAUUUUCAUUUGCUUUAGAUAGUAGAAUGCAAGUGCAAAGAUUUGAAAUUGACGACUGCAAGUGCAUGAACUCUAAAAAAGUACCUCUUUGGAUAGCAACUAAGAGCAAAGAAGAUGAGAAUAUUAACAUAUUGUUUAAGUGUGGUGAUGAUAUCAGACAGGAUCAGUUAACCUUAUAGCUACUAAAAAUUAUGGAUAAAAUUUGGCUUGAUGCAGGACAUGAUUUUCGUAUGAAACCUUAUAAAGUUAUAACAACUGAUGAUUAAGUUGGAAUGAUAGAAAUUGUAAAUAAUUCUGAAACCACAGCAAAAAUUCACUCUAAAUACGGAGGUGUGUUAGGUGCUUUUAGGAAUAAUACUAUUUGGUAGUAUUUAAAAGAUAAGAAUAUGGAUCCUCACUCUUUCGAAAUUGCAACUGAUAAUUUCUUGCGUUCUUGUGCAGGCUAUUGUGUAGCCACUUAUAUUCUGGGUAUUGGAGAUAGACAUGCUGACAACAUUAUGCUUAGUCAAACUGGUCACUUGUUUCACAUAGAUUUUGGUCAUUUUCUUGGUAAUUUCAAAACGAAAUUCGGUAUUAAGAGAGAAAGAGCUCCUUUUGUGCUUACAAAAGAAAUGGCUUUCGUUAUGGGUGGUAAAGAUGGUAAUCUUUUCAGAAAAUUUGAAGAAUAUUGUACUUAGGCAUACAAUCUAGUUAGAAAAUCAGGAAACUUUAUUAUAAAUAUAUUUUUACUUAUGCUUGAAGCUGGUAUGCCAGAACUAUAGUCACCACAAGAUAUAGAAUAUUUAAGAAAUUAAUUAUCCAUAAAUUUAACAGAACAAGAAGCAACAAAUAAAUUUAAAAAAGAGAUCACUGAUUCUUUAAAUAGUUUGUUCAGAAGAAUAGAUAAUUUUUUCCAUGGUUUAAGAAGAAGAAAAUGA